CACGACUCCAUCAACCAACCAAUCCAGAGUUAUUCUGCCUUUGCAAGAAUCGCAGCUGACAACUACUCGGCUCUAGCUGGCCCGGAUCGACGCGGCAUGGAGCUGGAGCUCGGGCUGGCGCCGCCGACCAACGCCGGCCGCCCCCCACUCGGCAGCGGGAAGAGGGGCUUCGGCGAGGCGUUCGGGGAGGACGAGGAGCAGCGCAGGACGUCGACCACGACGCUGCCGCUCUUCGACGACGGCAGCAGUAGCAGCAGCUGCGACAGCGGCAGCGGCGGCGGCGUUGGGGGGAGCAAGAAGGCGCUGGUGGGGUGGCCGCCGGUGAGCUCCGCGCGCAGCAGGGCGUGCGGCAGGCACGUGAAGGUGUGGAAGGAGGGCGCGGCCAUCGGGCGGAAGGUGUACCUGCCCUUCCACGGCUCCUACGCCGACCUCCUCGCCACGCUCGCCCGCAUGUUCCCCGACCCCGCCGGCGACAGGGCGGGUUGCCUCGGUGGUGCUGCCGGCAAGGGCGAGGGCGAGAUGGUGGUCACGUACGAGGACGCCGACGGCGACUGGAUGCUGGUCGGCGACGUGCCGUGGGAGGAUUUCGCGCGGUCGGUGAAACGCCUCAAGAUUUUGCUCUGAAGAAACAAACAGAACGGCACUGCUAGAUUUUGAGAAAUGUUUUUCUUUUCUCUUCUGUGAGAUUUCAGCUAUGCAACUUCAGUGGCUGCUCAUGUUGCAGACAUCUUGUAAUACUAUAAAUACUUAUAAUAUACUACUACAACAUUUCCUCGUAUCAUUUUCCCGUUUUCUCUCCCAGAACGUGUAAACAUGUUGCGGCUAUAUGUAUGUUUUUCCAACCAG